CCCAUGGAUAUAUAUUACCCAUUAUACUUGCAAAAAAAAAACAAUAUUUUUGAGACACAAGUUUUGAACAAAAAUAAGUUAUCGUUUUAGUCCUCUACCAAACCAAAAAAAAGUUUGACAAACUAAGUCAGUCAACGAUCAAACCUCUAACUGCGUGGCUCAAACCACUAGGAGCUCACCACGUGGAUUCGUGGAAUUCCGAGUAUCCAAUUUACUCCUCGAUUUCGAGUAGGUUUCACCUUUACUCUUCCGCUCGUUUCCCCCAAAACCAGAUUUCCGUGCGUAUUCGGUCAUCUUCUAUUCGAUCUGUCGGCGUGGGGCUCUGUCCUCGAUUAAGGCAGUUUGGUGUUUUGAGGUCAAAAAAUGGAGGGUGGGUUUGGGGAAUCGAUGAAUAGGCAGCCCCCAAGCCCUUCGUUUGCAAGCAGUAGCAAUAACAAUAGUGAUGCUGGAAAUUUUGAGUGUAAUAUUUGCUUCGAUUUGGCUCAAGACCCUAUAGUUACUCUUUGCGGUCACCUCUUCUGCUGGCCUUGCCUGUACAAAUGGAUCCACAUCCACUCGCAUUCACAUGAAUGCCCUGUUUGUAAGGCUCUUAUUGAAGAGGAGAAGUUGGUCCCUCUAUACGGGCGUGGAAAGAAUUCCACCGACCCUCGCUCUAAGUCAAUUCCUGGAAUGGAGAUUCCACAUCGUCCCACAGGGCAAAGGCCCGAAACAGCUCCUCCGCCUGAUCCAAAUGCUAACGCCAAUGCAUUUGCGCACCAAGGAUAUGGAUUUAUGGGAGGGUUUGGCCCCUUUGGUGGUUUUGCACCUGUGGCUAGUGCUAGGUUUGGGAACUUUACGUUAUCUGCAGCACUUGGGGGACUAUUGCCAUCAUUCUUUAACAUUCAAGUGCAUGGGUUCCCAAAUCCCAACUUGUAUGGAGCAGGCCAUGGUUUUCCAUAUGGGUAUCCUAAUACAUUCCAUGGUGCACAUGCUCAGGGAUUCCCUCAUCAUGGAAACCAGCAACAGCAAGCGGAUUCCACCUUGAAGCUCCUAUUGCUGCUGAUUGGUUUGAGUGUGCUUCUAACUUUAAUUUGGAGUUGAGGUAAAUCAUCAGUUGGUGCUUGAAUUUCGACAAAUAUCGGUUCCUUCCUGUAUAUAUGUUAGUGCAUUUCUUCUAUGCGAGUUUUAUUAAUUGUAUCCUUCACUUUUUUUUGUGAGACAACUUUGGUUUUUAUAACAUCUGAAGUGUUAUUAAUAAAUAGCUGUUUAGUAAA